AUGGCCCACCAAACGAGACGCCGGCGCACACAGGAAGCAUCCUUCUUCAUAGACGGCGAAAUCAUGCAGGAACCGCCUUUUAUCCUGCGCAAGGCCAGCCAGAAAGAGACGACAGAGGCUCCUCCACUGAGGGGCCUGAAAGUUGUCGAAUUCGCAGGUCUUGCACCAGGUCCGUUUGUCGGUCUCAUUCUUGCCGACUUUGGCGCUGAUGUGAUCCGCAUCGACAAAGUCGGCGCGGGCAUCAAUACUGACACGCUGACACGCGGCAAGCGCUCAAUCGCCGUUGAUCCCAAGUCGCCCACGGGGCUCAAGACGCUGCGGCGGCUCAUCCGAGAAGCCGACGUGCUAAUUGAGCCGUUCAGGCCCGGUGUCAUGGAGCGCCUCGGCCUCGGUCCGGAGCAUGUCGUCGAGGGUAAGGGCGGUGGUGAAGGGCUUUCGGCGAAUCCCCGCCUCGUCUAUGCGCGGCUAACAGGUUUCCAGCGACAAGGACCGUACGCCAAUAUGGCCGGACAUGAUAUCAAUUACAUUGCACUUUCCGGAGUGCUCUCCAUGCUCUCCAAUCAGUCUGCCUCACCAUCGCAUCCGAAUCCACCACCAUCCUUCCCGGCGAACCUCCUUGCCGACUUUGCCGGCGGAUCACUCAUUUGCCUCGUCGGGAUCCUCCUCGCGCUCAUCUCGCGCGCACAGACCAGCAAGGGCCAGGUUGUCGAGGCAGACAUGGUCACAGGUGCGCGAUACGUCGCGACCUUCCAGGUGCUCAUGAGCUACAUUGUGCAUCCGCAGUGGGGGGCCAUGUUUGGGAAAGGCGACAAGCAGAGCCGGGGAACGGGAGUGCUCGAUGGCGCUGCGCCGUGGUAUGGCGUCUACAAGACCAGGGACGACAAGUGGAUGAGCGUCGGAGCAAUCGAGCCUCAAUUCUACGCCGAGCUGCUACGUCUCCUCCGCGCAUCUGUCCCUAGCGCCCCAGAAAGCUGCCCGCCACAUCCAUCGCCCGCCGAGCAGCACUCGCGCUCAGAGUGGCCGAACUUGCGCAUAUACUUUACCACCAUCUUCGCACAGCGCACGCGCGCAGCGUGGACUGAAACCUUCUUGGGCACCGACGCGUGCUGCGUACCUGUGCUCGACCGCGACGAGGCGCUGCUACCGGCAGGAAGCGGAAGGGAGGCAGGAGUGACGCUGGGCGGUGGUAUUCUGCCUUACUUACCCUCCGCGCACGCCACGCUCGUCCAAAGUGGCGAGCACAACCCUAUCCCACCGUCACCGGCACCAGCGCUGCGAGGCACUCCCGCGCGCAUCGCGCCUGGCUCCGCCGAGGCACUUGCACGCUCCGCCAGUGGGCAAGGUGGCGAGGACGAGGACGUGCAGCUGCUGAUGAAUUCAGGCGAACACACGUUCGACAUCCUCCGCGAGUGGAUCGGCGCCAGCGACCAAGAGAUUGAGAAGCUGUACAGACAGAAAGCGAUAGGCGCGACGGACGUCCCCGAAGAGUGGAAUGCGCCGGCUUCGAAGCUGUGA